AUGCCCAACUACAAGUCCAAGUUCACUGAAAACCUCGACAGCACGACAGCAUGCAACCAUACAAGCCCUUCCAAAUCAGCCACCAAAAUGUCAGUACCCCAGCGAGCCCUCCACACCUUGAAUGAGGAGCCCGAGCCCAAACCCCCAAAACCAAACCCAUGCACUGACUUCCGCAAGAUGUGCGAGUACUGCCUGGAGCGCUUCGAAGCCGGAGACGCACAGGGAGCAGCGAUACACCCCUGCACAGACCAAGCAACAAGGUGCGACUACUGCUGGAGGGCCUACGAAGUCUCGGUCUCUGCAGAUUACGAGAAAGUUGCAGAAGCGACAGACCCGUGUUUGAGUCCGGUCACGAUGUGUGACCAAUGUCGGGCUGCGUUUAAGCUGUAUAGCAAACAUACCCCGGUAGAGGCACUGCUGCGAAAGCCGGGGACGUACCCGGUGAAGUUUCGUCGUUUGUUGGAUAAACGGUCUGUCGGGCCUGACUUUGUGAAGGAGGUUGGCCGGGCUUUGGCGCAAAGGUUGGAGGGCCGGUAUAAAAGGAGGGUUCGUGUGCAUGUUUCGAACUAUGUUCCUGAGAAAGAUGGCAGUUUUGAGACCGGGGCUUGGGUGCUGGUGGACUUUCCUGAGGUGGUCAGGCCUGAUAGAGAGAUGUGCAAGGAGCUCUUUGGUGGACUUCCCUGUGGCAGUCGAGGCUGGUCUGUCAUGCUUCCUUCAGCGAAAGAGUGUGUGGGUGAGUUUCGCCUGCACUGGUUUGACAGUCCAAGGGUCGAAUGGAAUAGUAUCUUUUAG